AUGUACGGGACGCAAAUCGAUGACACUUUCAGAACCUUAGUUGGGGGCUUCGGGGCCUGGCAGGUUUUUGUUAUCCUCCUGACGUCGUUUUCUUUCUCUAACAACAUUUUAUUGUCAGUUUUCUUCAAUUCUAUGCCAAGUCAUCGAUGUCGCGGAGAGGUUUUAUUUGAAAGCUGGCCAAAAUUUAAGGAGCUGGCGGCGAUUUAUGCUGGCAAACCACCGGAUAACCUGACCAUCCACCAACUCCUAGACUUCUACCAGACUACAAGCAAGUCUGGGGACACGAAUUUUUCGUGCCCUCAUGGCUACAUCUACGAUUACUCCGAGUUUCAAUACAAGGGCGGCAUUGUUCAGCAGUGGGAUCUAGUCUGCGACAAGGCCUGGCAACUGCCCUUCAACGAAAGCGCCUACAUGGUUGGAAUGCUCGUGGGAUUCAUUCUAGGCGGUUGGCUGAGUGACCGAGUCGGUAGACGAAAGGCUAUUGUCGUUGCAGGAUUCUGCGAGGCAGCAGCGAGCAUCACUACAGCCUGUAGUCCAGGCCACUGGUUCUACAUUGUCAGCCGCGUUGCCCUAGCAACGUUUGGAACGGCUCGUGGUUCCGCUUACGUCGUUCUGUCAGCCGAAAUCACCACGGCCAAAUAUCGUUCCAUACUAGCUGCGACCGGUAUAAUCCUUCAAUUGGUUGUUCAAGGCAGCAUGCUGGGAUUGUUCGCCCAUUACGUGACUAACUGGCGGGUAUUUAUCCUUCUAAACUCACUACCCUGCACUCUAGUCUUCCUUCACCUUUGGUUUCUUCCAGAAUCACCCCGAUGGUUGGCAGCAUGCGGUAGAGCCGAAGAGGCCGCUGAGAUAUUGCACUCGGCUUACCGUUUUAACACACGCUUCCGUAAUUGCUUCUCACGCAAAGCCGACACAACCGCGGUGAUGAACAUCGACGACUUCUUCACACACGUAGGCUUAGGUCCGAACGGCCGGCAGGACAUCUUGUUGCGCAAUAUGCGCCUGCGAGCCAAGUACUCGUCAACCGACAACGGCAAAGAAUUCGCGAUCUGGCAGCUGUUUAGGCCAGACCUAGCCAAAACAACCAUUCUCUCCACCUUCAUUCUAACCUGUCAGAUAACGUGCAACUUUGGCAUGGUGUUCUACGCCAGCAACAUCAAAUUACACGUGUCCUUUGUGACAAUCCUCAACUCCCUAGCGCAAAUACCUGGUUGCGUUCUCGCUGCCUUUCUUUAUAGGUACUGCAAAUCGCGAAAGUCGCCGUUGUUGGGCGUGUAUAUUGCUAUCCUGGUGAUGGGCACUGUGGCCACCUUCCACACCCUCUACUUCCAACCCGACAACGACACACUACUCAACUUCUUCAGUAAUAUCAUCAUUCUUUUCCUGUCAGCCGCUCAGAGAAUGCUCUUCAUCUACGUGCCGGAGCUGUAUAAGCCCAUCUACCGGAAUCGUGGGUUUGGAUUGGCGGCGGGCAUGGCCCGAAUCGGCGCCCUCUGGUUCCCUGUAAUCAAUCGAUUAGAUCAAAUUUCGCAUGGCCUUCCCUUUGUCGUGUACACCCUCAUAAUACUGCUUCAGUUAGUGCUGCUGUGUUUCCUCGAAAACACCACAGGCCACGCUAAGCCCUCCGUGAUCGAAGUGCAGCCAGUCGAUCGAGAACACACGACCACGCCACAAGCCUCCCAGGCAGCAGUUCCAGCAUCCAAACUGUGGAACACAUCAACAAAGGCACGAAUUGCUACGUUGGAAUCGCUCGAAACCAAGUGA